AGCCUCCACAUCAUGUGUCAAUCCCAGUCUUCUGCUGGAUCACUGCUACAGUUCUGGAGCACAUGUUGACUACAGAGCAGAGAGGAGAGCUGCCCAAGACCCUGACUGACCUGUACUCACACUUCCUGCUGGUUCAGACAAAGAGGAAGAAGAACAAGUACCAUGAGGGACAUGAGACGAGUCCACAGGAGCUGACGGAGGCUGACAGGGAAGUUCUUCUGAAGCUGGGGAGGCUGGCGUUUGAACAACUGGAGAAAGGAAACAUCAUGUUCUACCAAGAAGACCUGGAGCAGUGUGGUCUUGAUGUGACAGAGGCCUUGGUGUACUCAGGAGUUUGUACAGAGAUCUUCAAAAGAGAGAGUGUGAUCUUCCAGAAAACAGUCUACUGCUUUGUUCAUCUGAGCGUUCAGGAGUUUCUGGCUGCAGUCUACAUGUUCCGCUGUUUCACCAACAGGAACACACAGGUACUGGAGGACUUCCUAGGAACUCUCUGGGGUAGGUUUCGUCACUGUGAUCCAUCAUUGGACACAUUCCUAAGGAAAGCAAUAGAUGUAUCAUUAAAGAGCAGAAAUGGCCACCUGGAUUUCUUUGUUCGCUUUCUUCAUGGUCUUUCAUUGGAGUCCAACCAGAGACUCUUAGGAGGCCUGCUGGGUCAGACAGAGAACAGUCCAGAAAGCAUCCAGAAAGCAAUCCACAACCUAAAGGAGAUGAGCACCUACAACACCUCUCCUGACAGAAGCAUCAACAUUUUCCACUGUCUGAUGGAGAUGAACGACCACUCAGUCCAUCAGGAGAUCCAAGAGUUCCUGAAGUCAGAGAACAGAUCAGAGCAGAGACUCUCUGAGGUCCACUGCUCAGCUCUGGCCUACAUGCUGCAGGUAUCAGAGGAUGUCCUGGAUGUAGUGGACGUGAAUGCAACAAGGACGUCCGAGGAGGGACGACUCAGGCUGAUCCCAGCUGUAAGGAACUGCAGGAAGGCUCGACUUCCUGACUGUCGACUGUCAGAGAUUCAUUGUGAAGUUGUGGCCUCAGCUCUAAAGUCCAACCCCUCCCAUCUGAGAGAACUGGACCUGAGUAACAAAAGUUGCAGGCUUCCAGGAGUGAGGGUUCUCUCGGCUGGACUGGAGAGUCCAAACUGUAAACUGGAGUCUCUCAGGUUAAGUGAUUGCUGGCUGUUAGCAAGCUGCUGUUCUUUCCUGGCCUCUGCCCUGAAGUCCAACACCUCCAGCCUGAGAGAGCUGGACCUGAGCAACAACAAGCUGCAGGAUUCAGGAGUGGAGCAGCUGUCUUCUGGACUGGAGAGUCCAAACUGUAGAUUGGAGACUCUCAGUUUGAAGCACUGCAGCUUGUCAGAAAGCAGCUGUAAUUUUCUGGCCUCAGCUCUGAAGUCCAACCCGUCCCAUCUGAGAGACCUGGAUAUGAGUUAUAACAAGCUGCAGGAUUCAGGAGUGGGGCUACUCUGUGUUGGACUGGAGAGUCCAAACUGUCGACUGGAGACUCUGAGACUGAGUUUCUGCAGCUUAACAGAGAGCAGCUGUAUUUUUUUGGCCUCGGCUCUGACGCUGAACCCCUCACAUCUGAGAGAGCUUGACCUGAGGGACAACAAGCUGCAGGGUUCAGGAGUGAAGGAGCUGUACAAGAGACUCAAGAGUCCACGAUAUAGGCUAGAGAUUCUGAGGUUGAAAUAAACAGAGAAAGAUUUCAAAAGGAAGGGAGUCCCAUCAACAACCUUACAGAGAAGCGUCGUCACAGAACUGCAAGAUGUUCAAGAGAAUCGUAGCAUUACUUCAGGAUCCCUGUAACCUCUUCAAAAAUGAAAAUGAACUGUGAAGGAUUCAUGUUACUUCCAAUGAAUCCCUGGGACUAACACGACUGUUUGAAUACUGUUUGAAUGUUCAUUUCAUUUUAAGUGUUUUAAUGAAAUUCUGUAAAGCAACAAAACCAGCAAUUUGACUGAGUUUUGAGACCUCUGCUGGUGAAAAAUGUCUCCUUGUCAAACAAG